AUGGCUUCUUACCAAUCAGGGGACCUGCGGCGACCACGCAAAAUAUACAGUUGUGAGCCAUGUCGGCGUUCAAAGCUUCGCUGCGAUCGUCAAGCGCCGUGUUCUUCGUGCAAGCAUCGCGAUUGUGAGCCAUCUUGUACUUAUAGGAGCCAAGCCGAUGCAGUUCGUGGCGGUCAUACACAAACAGGUUCGGGAGCACCACGAUUGCCCUCCUACUCAUCGCGACACGGCAGCCGCGAAGAUGUACCGCCUAUCUCUGAGUUAGGGAACCACAGUCGGGGCUUACUAGAUAUGGAUGCAUCUACUGCCACAAACACAGGGCAAGAGUGUUCUGAGUUCACACAUGCUCAUUGGAAUGCCGUUCUUGAAAGGCCAAUGCACCACACGGACCCUACAGCAUCUGAGCAGCGAGGCUCUAUCGCUCAGGUCCGCAGUUCCUGCUUUCCAUUUACGAUAGGUCCUCGGCUCCCGGCUGGAGACAUGCUCUCCAAUUUACCCCCAUGGCCCUGCUGCGAAUACCUCAUUACUCGAUACUUUACGCACCUUUCUCCGCUCUUCCAUGUCUUACACGGUCCAACUUUUGAGCAUCAGUAUUACGUAUUCAGGGACGACCCAACCGGAGUUGAUCUUUCCUGGCUGGCCCUUCUAUUCCUGGUUAUGUCUAUCACGCUGCAUACCAUGGAAAAUGACGAUACCAUGCUAGCUGAGCUUUGGCCCGAGCACAGUACCCUGGAAACUGGCACACUCUCGCGCAAAUUUCGGACGGAAGCCAUGGUUUGCUUGGCUCAGGACAACUUUCUCACAAACCACCGGCUGAGCACGCUUGAGGCACUGUUAAUAUUGAUAUACACCAUCAGCCAUGACGAAGGAGUGGACAGAUGCUGGGUAUUACUUGGCAUGGCUUUGAAUAUCGGCAUUGCACAGCGAUGUCAUGUGGACUCUAAACAGACAGAACUCAACUGUGUUGAAGUGGAACGGCGCAGGCGAUGCUGGGCCGGUAUCUUGCUACUUCACACUUAUCAAGCCAUUAUAUUUCAGGACGUUGAAACGUCAUGGCUGAUGAACAUUCCCGCUGUGAUGCCAGCAGAUGUCAACGAUAAAGACAUCCAUGAACACAUUGUUGUUCGAUCGUCUAGUCAACCGACCCAGAUGUCUGUCAUGAUAUUCAAGUUGCGGCUGUUCCAGCUGUCAACCCGUGUUUGUGACUACCUAUCUGAUCCACCCAAACUUGAUAAAACGACCCUAGGGCGGUUAGACGCAGAGAUUGCUGUCGAGCAACGAAAAUGGGAUUCUACCCUUUUGUCGGGGGGUCGCCCGAGCAUUCUUGAUACAUCCAGCUACGCUUUUUGGGCUAUUCUUCAGCUGUAUGCGCAUCAGCUAUACCUUCUGAUUCACACACCUUUUUGCCGAUCUAAACACAAUUUCCGGCCUGAAUCAAGGUCAAAAUGUAUUCUCUCAAGUACUGCGAUGUUGGAUUUUCACCAGCAGUUCUGCGAGCUUCCACGACUGCGAUGUUAUCGUUGGAAUGUGUACGGCAUGAUGAGCUCUUAUGCACUCCACGGAGCAGUAGCACUGGCAUCAUGCCUGCUCGACUGGUCGGACAAGACUCUUGAGUCUGUACCGUAUCGUGCGGCAUUUGAUUCUGCCUUGGUCCGUUUUGAGAAACUCCAGGAUCGAAGUCCAAUCUGCAAAAAGGCCUAUCCUAUUCUUCGCCAUUUACAGUACGUGCCUCUUUGCCAGCUUUCAGAGAUACGUAGAUUGGCGGAGCUUACUAACUGUGCCGAAUUUGGUAACACGUUCGAUAACUGGAUCGAUUCUGUACAGUGGUUUAACCCCGACUCCAUAGACUGG